AUGCGCACCUCGCGAACGUCAAAGGACACCGCCAGGGUCAUGCAGGCUCUGGCCCCUCCGCGCCGCACUCGCUCCCAGACCAGUGUGCUCCGCAGCUUUGCCUACGGUGGCAACCAGAGCGACGACGACUCUUCCUCGCUCUCGUCCGUGCCCACCGAUAUCGAGGAUCUUAUGGAGCCGCCGACAAAACGGCGCGCGUUGAAUGGGCGGUCUCGCUCGGGGCCCGCUGUCCAGAACGACGCUGUUAAACAGGAGCUAGAAACGCUACCCGCUGUCAAGGAGGAGCCGAAGGCCAAAACAACCCGCCGCCUCCCUGCUCGCAAAAUCAAGGUCGAGAACGGCGUCAAGAUCGAGCCGCCCUCCAACUGGGACACCAUGUACGCCAUCGUCCAGAAGAUGCGCGAGGCCAACCCCACGGCCCCCGUCGACACUAUGGGCUGCGCCGAGCUCUACUGGCGAGCAUCGUCCCCCCGGGACCGACGCUUCCAGACCCUGAUUGCGCUGAUGCUCUCCUCCCAGACCAAGGACACCGUCACGGCGGUGGCCAUGCAGAAGCUGCACACGGAGUUGGACCAGGCGACGACGGUGAAGAAAGAGCCCACCGAGUACGACUGGAAACCCACGGCGCAGGUCCAGGCCAGCACGCUCACCCUGGAAAACAUCCUGGCGGUGUCCCCCGAGCGUCUCAACGAGCUGAUCCGCACGGUGGGCUUCCACAACAACAAGACCAAGUAUAUCAAGGCGGCUGCCCUCAUCCUCCGCGACCAAUACGGCUCGGAUAUCCCGUCGACGGCGCCGGAGCUGAUGACGCUGCCGGGCGUCGGGCCAAAGAUGGCGUUCCUGUGCAUGAGUGCGGCGUGGGGCAAGCACGAGGGCAUCGGCGUCGAUGUGCACGUCCACCGCAUCACCAACCUCUGGGGCUGGCAUCAGACCAAAACCCCGGAAGCCACCCGCAUGGCGUUGGAGUCGUGGCUGCCGAAAGACAAAUGGCACGAGAUCAACAAGCUGUUGGUCGGCCUGGGGCAGACUGUCUGCUUGCCGGUGGGGAGGCGUUGCGGGGAAUGCGAUCUGGCAGGCACUCGCCUAUGCAAGAGUGAGGUCAAGGCGCUGGUGACGAAGAAGCGCAGUGCACCAUUGACGCUGGUCAAUCUGCCUGAGGACGUCAAGGUCAAGAUCCUCAAGUACGUGGGGCUGCUGCGGCCUUGCCUGAUCAAUCUCUCCUUCGAGCAGACCCGCAGCAAGGUCGAUCGCGGCCUGUGUGCCAAACCGGAGCACCGCACCACUCGCGGGACCUGGAGCAAUACCUGGAGCACCCUCUUCGAGGGGCCCUGUGAUCACCCCCGCCUGCCCACCGAGCUGUUCCGCGUCAAUAAUGACAUCCGCCAGGACACCGGCGCGAUGUUCUUCAAAUACAAUCGCUUCAGUAUGCUCCUGUACAACAAGUCGGACUUCAACAACCUCCGCUCCUCGAUCGGAUGGGGCAUGGAGCAUGUGAGAAACCUGCACCUGGAUCUGGGCCCGCGCGACAACCGCUUUCUCAAGCUCGGGGCUGGCAUCCACCGCACCAUCCUGAAGAUGUGGGUGGAAUUCUGUAGUAUGGCCCGCACCAGCAUGCCUCACCUUCGCUGCUUCAGUCUGAAAUGCAAGGUCCGCGAUCUCGAGGUGGCCAGCAAGCUUAUGUGCAACAUGGAUCCUUUUCCCGCUCUGGCGCAGUGUGCGUUCCAUAUGAACCACAACCCGGAUGAGGACAUCCUGCCGGUCAUUAAGCGCGCGGCAUGGAGACUGACCGACAACCUGUCCAACAAGCCGCGGUUCCCGUACAUGUAUCUGCCCAAGGAGAUCCAGCUCAUGAUCCUGGAGGAGCUCCUGAUCAAGCGGUCUGACCCGUGCCUGCCACCCAGCGAAUGCGCCCCCGGAGUGAUCAGCCUGCACGACUGGAAGCGUAGCCGACUUAGCAUGUUCCACACUUUGACCUGCUGCGGCACCUGCUCGCCCGCCGGCGCCAUGUGCUUCUGCCACUCGCGCCAGACCUCCUUCUCGACGACCUGCAGCUGCUUUGAAUCGCCUCUGCCGUAUUUCCUGGUGAGUCGCGAGUUCUAUGAGAACGCUCGACGCGUCUUCUUCACGCGCAACCGGUUUGCGUUCGUGGAGGAGGACCCCGACCUGAUCAUGCGGUUCAUCCAUCAUAUUCCUACCGUGUCGACCAUGAUGAUCCAGCAUCUGUCGUUCAAGUUCCCCAUGUGCUACCGCUGCGCGCCCCGCACCGGACCCCGCUCGGAGGACGCCACCCUGCUGUCGUGGUCGGUGCUGCGUCGCUUCAUCCGCGAGCACUUCGACAUGUCGCGUCUGUCGGUGAAGAUCGUGGACCACGGGCUGAAGGGGGCGGUGGUCUACUCGGUGGAUAGCCGUAAACGCUACCUGCGUAAGCUGCUGCUGGCGUUUGCAGACAUGGAGGGGCUGAGAGAUUUCCGUGUGUAUCUGACAGACGACCGUGGUUUUGAAAAGGAUGCGGAAUCUGCGGUGCUGGGACCGGCACGCGUGCAGCGCAGGAAGUACGUUUCUGGCCGUAAGAAGUAG